AUGGUCUACUGCAGCGACUGUGGUUGCGACCGCGCUCGGCGGGACUUCUCCACGCGACAGCUGAAGAAGGAGUACCCGCGCUGCUACGACUGCACUCAAGGCGGCGACUCAAGUUACGGGCAGGAGACCUUUGCUUUUGAGUGCCCCGAGUGCAGCAAGCGCUUCGCCGAUGCAAAUUCCCUUGCGCAGCACCGGCACACGCAUCGGGCGCGCUCCUUCCCCUGCCCGGGCUGCGGCGAGCUGUAUCGCGGCAAGGACGCGGCCCGGCGGGCUGCGUACGAUCUCGUGGCGAAUCAGCCGGGCGGGAGCCGCUUCCUCACCAACCCGCGCAUGCUCACGUACGACGGCCAGGUUGGAGGCGGCUACUCUGACAGCGGGCACAACUACCAGUGCCACGCUUGCGGUAAAACAUUCGGCCAGCUCUCGUCGUUCAUGCAGCACACGCAGAACCGACCGGCGUGCCGGGACGGCCAGCACGUCAACGCGAACCUCAAGCUGACUCACUCGACGCAAAAGCCGGAGCGGCUGAGGUUCUUCCACGGCACCACGUGGGCCAAGGCGUGCGCGAUCGAGCAGCAGGGCUUCGUGCCGUCCGAGAGCGGCUGCCUCGGCAGAGGGACGUACGUCGCGCGCCAGGACAAGGCGCGGCGCUUUGCGGAGAUGCGCUCCCACUCUGCCCCCGCCGCAGACGCGUGCCGCGCAGAGGAGACGACCGCGUCGACUAACAUGGAGUGGUGCGUCCGCGACGCGUCAGCAAUCGAGGUGGUUCGAAUAUCGUACGUGUGA